AUGUCAUCUUACAAGCCUGGAAAUUGUAAACGCGAAGAGUUUAGAAAGUAUUUGGAGAAAUCUGGAGUGAUUGAUGCACUCACAAAGGUACUUGUAGGUUUGUACGAAGAGCCAGAAAAGCCGGAUAAUGCUCUCGAAUUUAUGAAGAAGCACCUACGAGCAGAAAGUCCAGAUCCUUCAGAUAUCGAAGCAAUGAAAGUAGAAAUUGCAGAAUUAAAACAAAAGGUAGAAAUGUUGGAAAGUGAAAAUGCUGAAUUAAAACAAAGCAUAAACCAACAAAUAACACCAGGAAUUGGAAUAAGUGAUGGUAAUAUUUAA